AUGGCCUCCUGGAAAGUCUUUGAGCUUGGUUCAAUGUCGAAAGUUCAAGAGACCCUUUCUUCUCACAGUGGCUGUGGUUCUUGUUCGGCUGAUAAAACGGAAACUGUUCAUAUCAAUCCCGAUGUCGAGACUCCUUACACCAGUCCACCGAUGUGGUUCAAAGUGAGGGAAUAUUGCCGUGAUGCGGUCUCUGAGUUCUUUGGCACGAUGAUACUUAUAUUGUUUGGGAACGGAGUCGUGGCUCAGGUGCACCUCAGUCACGGACAAAAGGGUGAUUACCAGUCUAUCUCUUGGGGAUGGGGACUCGGCGUCAUGCUAGGAGUCUACGCCAGUGGUGCAUCUGGGGGCCACAUCAAUCCAGCGGUGACGUUUGCGUCCUGUAUAUUCCGUGGGUUUCCCUGGCGCAAAUUCCCCGUAUAUGCUUUAUCCCAGACCCUCGGUGCUAUGGCAGGCUCUGCUAUUGUCUACGGCAACUACAAGUCAGCCAUCAAUGCCUAUGAGGGUGGACCUGACAUUCGUACCGUCCCUGGCUACUCGACAACAGCUACAGCAGGCAUCUUCUGCACUUACCCGGCCGAGUUCAUGACAAAGACAGGACAAUUCUUCUCGGAGUUCCUUGCUAGUGCGGUCCUCAUGUUCAUGAUAUUCGCCCUGAAAGACGAGGGAAAUCUUGGCGCCGGGCCAUUGUUCCCGCUUGCGCUAUUCUUUGUUGUGUUCGGCAUCGGUGCGUGCUUUGGAUGGGAGACUGGAUACGCAAUCAAUCUUGCCCGAGACUUCGGCCCUCGACUUGUAUCUUACAUGAUUGGAUAUGGACAUGAAGUAUGGGCGGCAGGGAAUUAUUAUUUCUGGGUUCCGAUGGUUGCACCGAUUCUGGGCUGUACCUUCGGUGGGUGGAUUUACGAUCUAUUUCUGUAUACUCGCAUGGAUACUCCGAUCCAUACUCCGUGGAUGGGAAUUCAGAGGCUUUUGGGGCCUUUCCAUCAAGGGCGAGUUGUGCAACAGAGCCCAGUCUGA